AGCAGUAAGAGAGAGUGAGAGAGAGAGAGUUUAUCAAAAUUAAGUCUUUUUUCUAUUCGUAUUUUUCAUCUUGAAAACUAAUUGUUGUAAUAUUGUAACUUUGCCCGUGAAACGACACUAAACAGGAGAGGGAAAACACGUAUUCAAUCUUUAACACUCUCUCUCCCUUUUUCUCUCUCCCUUUUCACUCUCUUUUUUCUCUCUCCAUCUUUUUUCUGAUUGACUUUGCAAAGUAACCAGCAGGCUGAAAGAAAAGGAAGUAGGAACUCACUCUCACUCUCUUUUCUUUCUCAAUAUCUCCUUCUCUCUCUCGUUUUCUACAUCCUUAUAAAUCUCCCACUGACCAUCACCAUUGGUACACUUAUCUUCAUUUUGGUUCUUCUUUCUGUUAUCGUCAUCAUCUUCACUGUCAGCUCAUAAAACCACACCACCAUCCCCACCUUCGCAACUUCCACCUCAAAUCAUCAUCGCAUCAUCAUUACCUUCCGCUGGCCAGAAGUUUGAGAUACUACACAAACAUUCAACUUAAAAAUAACUCAGACCUGAUAGACCUAUCGUAGAAACGACUGUCAUAUAUCUCAAUCAACCUGGAGGAUGUUCAACAACUCUUCCUCGUCUAGUGUCGUCGGUAAUGAGACCUGUUACCAUUUCAAGAUAUUGGUGCCAGCGGUUGCUGCCGGAGCCAUUAUUGGUAAAGGAGGAGAGACAAUAGCUCAAUUACAGAAGGAUGCUGGUGCUCGAGUUAAAAUGUCUAAAGCAAAUGACUUUUAUCCCGGUACCUCUGAACGUGUUUGCCUAAUAUCUGGCAGUGUUGACGGCAUCCUUCGUAUACACGAGUUUAUCAUGGAAAAAAUUAAAGAAAAGCCUGACCCUAAUGCGAAAAUGGCGAUCGACUUCGACCACAAACAACCAGCCGAAAGGGAAAAACAGGUCAAAAUAUUGGUUCCUAACAGUACAGCGGGUAUGAUCAUAGGAAAGGGUGGAACAUUUAUUAAGCAAAUUAAAGAAGAAAGUGGAGCAUAUGUACAAAUAUCACAGAAAUCACGGGAUCACGCACUGGCAGAAAGAUGUAUCACAGUUAUCGGGGAACCAGAUAACAAUAAAAAAGCAUGUGCAAUGAUUAUAUCGAAAAUAGUCGAAGAUCCACAAAGUGGAAGUUGUCUAACUGUAAGUUAUGCUGAUGCUACAGGACCAGUUGCUAAUUUCAAUCCAACUGGGUCGCCGUAUGCCAACAUCGGAACAUCAAGUGGUCAAUCAAAUGUCACCAAUAGUAAUCCAUCUUAUAGUUCAAAUGGUUCUCUUAAUAGUUUAAGUCCUACGUUAGCGAACAGUUUCAACAGUCCACAAGGAGCCGGUACACCCGGAGGCAUGCUUCAGUUUGGUGGAGUUGGUCUCGGACCAACCAUACCUCAAGCAAACUCCGCUCAAAUGAUUGAAAGUAUCAAAGCCAUGCUUCGUGUAUCUGGAUAUUCAGAAGAAGCAGUUUCCGAGAUAUCAUCAGCCAUGAACACCCUUGCCAAUUACGGCAUGCUUGGUCUAGGACUGGGUUUGGGUGGAAUGUUUAACAACAUUAAUGGUGCACCGAUGAUAAGUUCACUUGGAAUGGGUAUGGCAACAUCAACCCCUGUCCCAAAUAACUGUGGCCUAGCAAUGGGUACAGUUGGAGGUGGGGGGAAUGCGCCAAUGUUCACAUCACAAGGAACUGGAGUUCCUGGCUUAGAUACAUGUAACAAUGUAGCCGCAAACUCUUCGGCAGUUGCUGCCGCCGCUGCAGCAGCAGCAGCAGCUAACGCCGGUGGAAAUGGAUUAUUCGGUUCAGUUGGUAACACAGCAACCGGAAUAUCAGGUUUAAGCAUGAAUCACAGUGGCUUCGGAUCACCUACUGGAACCCGUGGUGGAGGGGGAGGAGGUGGUCCUGAUCGAUUAACCAUGCCUGACGGACCAGUUUACGAUCCAUUUCGUCGAUCAUCUCCAUCCAUAGGAUCUCCUGGAGCAGCAUCAUCAGGAGGUCCUCAAUUAAAUGUUAACAACAAUUCAUUUGGACUGGGUACUGUACUCAAUAGCCCAACUUCUUUACGUAAAAGUCCGACACCAACCGACGGCCAAGAUGCGCAAAAAAUUGAAGUUGAAAUUGGGGAUAAUAUAGUGGGAGCUAUACUUGGACACGGUGGUAAAUCUCUGGUUGAAAUUCAACGCAUUAGUGGAGCAAAUAUUCAAAUAUCUAAAAAAGGUAUAUUUGUUCCUGGAACACGAAAUCGAAUCGUUACCAUCACUGGAACGCCUCAUUCUGUGAACACAGCACAGUACCUUAUAGAGCAACAGAUCAACGAAGAAGAAGCAAAAAGGGCUCGACAAAAUUCAACCACGUUGAGUAGUGUUCUCUGUUAAAAUCAAAUUCAUUGAUUCUCUAUUCUAUUUCUUUCUUUCUUUUUUCAUUUUCUUUCUUUCUCUUCUCUUUUUUCUCAAACCAAAUCCCCCACGCAUGUAACAACCGUACAUACAUAUACAACCAACACAACACACCACAACUUUUUUCAAUCAACACCCAAAAAUUAACUUAAUAUGUCAACGGCAACAACGACAGCAAAAAAAGCCUUUGUUCAUUGACUCAUCAUCCUUCCACAUUUUUCUCUUACACACCGCAUGAAAAAACGCGAUACUCGCGAACACUUAUGGAAACAAAAUCAAAUUUAAGCAUGCAUGACGCUGUUGUUAAAAUUGUUUCUUUUUUCAUAACAUCAUUCAAUUAAGUUAAUCUAGAUGCGUCUGAAACCCGUGUGAGAUAUUUUUUAUAUUAUAUAAACAUAUUCAUAAAAAAUACACCUCAUUGCAAAUAGUCAGGGUAACUAAGAAAAUAACAGUAAUUCAUUUCAUCCAACAGCACAACAUACACUCAACAAAACCUCGCCCCAUAAUCAUUGAUAAAAAAAUAUUUACUGUUAAUAUAUUAGACCCAACCUUUUUCGUCAACUAAAUUGUUCGUAUCAUCAUCAGUCAAUCUUCAUCUUCGUUCAUAGAAGACCUAAUCCAUUUAAAAAUCACAAUCAGUUGUUAAAUUAGGAUCAAUUUUCUUUCAUCUCAAUAAAUUACAUCUGCAUCGUA